UCUUGCUUUUCCGACGCCUCAUCUACUUCUCUCUCUUUGAUUUAUUUUGCGAAUUCUUUCUUGCUCGGUCGACUGGAGCUUGGUCAGGCCUGAAGAUUCGCUUUCUAGAUAUCGUCCCCUCGCUCAUGUCUAUGUGCAACUGCAACACAUGACUUCAUCAUAACAUCUCCGCACUCCCCUCCCCGAAGCUGACUUUCAGUUCCACAAUGUCAGGCCGUGUGCCCGCAACACGUCCCACGAAUGGUGAGGCUUUUGCGAUGAAGGGAAAUCACGCCCCCAAAUUACCGACCGAACCCACGUCUGUGAACCGCAAGAAACAGAAGCGUAGGCAGAAACAGGCGGCUCGUCUGGCCACAGAGACUCAGUUCCACAAUGGAUAUGCUUCGACAGAUGCCGCAGAUCACCAUAGUUCGAGCCCUACUGGAGGGAGCCAUCCGUAUGAUGACGCGGAUUUCGAUCAUGCCGACCCCGAUCACCCCGCGAACGGCGAUGUGUUUCACGAAGACGACAAUGGCUCAAUAGACGGACAUCACGAUCAACCGAUUCCACCAGGGGUAAAUAGACAGGAUGGAGCUCAUAGAGCUGCAGGUCGAAAAUCGAAAAAGAAGCGGACAAAGAAAAGUCGUUCGGGAUCCCACACGUUCGCAGAUGAGAGCUCGACCCCGCUUUCAACACCCUCCAUCUCCAUGUCGCAUCCUCUUCCCCCACCUCUUCCGCCCCAUUUCGGGCCCCGUGCAAUCCUAAGAUCGGCCAAAGAUCGCAGCAUAUGGAAUACAUCAACGCAGGAGGAACGAGAGAAUAUCAAGACGUUUUGGCUUGAGCUGGGCGAGGAGGAACGACGGCAGCUAGUCAAGGUGGAGAAGGACGCAGUGCUGAGAAAGAUGAAGGAGCAACAGAAGCAUUCGUGCAGCUGUACAGUGUGUGGGAGAAAACGGACUGCUAUUGAAGAGGAACUUGAGGUGCUCUACGAUGCCUACUACGAGGAACUCGAGCAAUACGCCAAUAACAACCAAGGUUCUUUCGAGAAAGGGCCUCCAAUCGUACCACCUCCACGGUUAUACCACCCCCCUCUACGAUCACCCGGUCAACAUACUAGGACCCAAGGCCAAUUUCACCCCUCACGAGGUCGAGUCCAGGAGUUACCGGAGGAAGAAGAAGAAGAGGAGGAGGAAGAGGAAGAUUUGGAAGAAGAAUAUGACGAGGACGAUGAGGAUGAUGAACCGUACAGCGACGAGGACGACGAUGAUCUUGAAGACGAAGACACGCGUGCCGCUCGUGCUGAUUUUUUCGCUUUUGGGAAUAGUCUAACGGUCAAAGAUGGAAUUCUUACUGUUGCAGACGAUUUACUCAAAAACGACGGGAAACAUUUCAUCGAUAUGAUGGAGCAAUUGGCAGAGCGCCGAAUGCAACGUGAAGAAGAUACCCAAUACGGCAUAGCUGCAGCGCACCAAACACUUCAUGGUGGUCAUAACCAUGGUCCACUCGACGAUGAAGAUUACGACGACGAGGAGGAGGAGGACGAGGACUAUGAUAGCCAGGAGGAAGAGGAUUAUGAGGAAGACGAAAUGGAUGCUAUGACCGAGGAGCAACGCAUGGAGGAAGGACGACGAAUGUUCCAGAUUUUCGCGGCCCGAAUGUUUGAACAGCGCGUAUUGACAGCAUAUCGAGAAAAAGUCGCCGAGCAGCGCCAACAAAAGCUAAUCGAGGAGCUGAUGGAAGAGGAAAGCCGAAACGAAGCCCGGACGGCCAAGAAGGCUCGGGAGGCUCAGAAGAAAAAGGAUAAGAAGAGGCUUCAGAAGCAGGCCAAGGAAGAAGAGAAGGCCCGACGGGAAGCCGAAAAAGCCGCAGAGGAGGCCGCCGCCAAAGCCGAACAACAGAAGAAACUCGAGGAGCAAAAGCGGAAACGGGAAGAGCAGCGCAAGAAGCGAGAGGCUGAACGGAAAGCGCAGGAAGAGGAGCGGGCACGCAAGGAGGCAGAAAAACAGCGACGUCUCCGAGAAGAGAGAGAGCGACAUGAAGAGGCAGAGCGGAAAAAGGAACAAGAAAAGAAAAAGCGUGAAGAAGUACGGCGAAAGGAGCGUGAAGAACGAGAGAAGAAGGCCAAGGAGGAACGAGAUCGCAAGACUCGUGAGGAGAGAAAAGAAGGGGAGACGACAGCAAAGCCUGACCUCGCUUUUCGUGGUCUGCAGGCGAAACGACCAUCGCAUUCAGGGCCCGUUCCCAUCCCGUCGAGUCUGCCCCAAUACCCGCAAGUGCCCUUCGGCCAGCAUCACUCGCCGCAUCUUCAGGCUGCUACGCCCCUUGUUCCCAAGGCUUCUUCUCCCGCUCGGCCGCGUCAACCAUCUCAGCAAGGUUCUCACACGUCCUCGCCCCGAUCCCAGCCUGCAAGCACAGAGCCGUCGCAAAUAUCCAUCUCCCCCCGGUCUAUGCCACCGUCCCAAUCGUCGGGUGCAUCCAGUUCAUCCAAACAAGGCCAUGGGCAGCAACCAUUCCUCCAUCAUCCUCAGCCUUCAACGCCACUGUCUCCUCUUGGAUCGAUGGGCAGGUCUCACCCGCCAGGAUUCCCUAGUAUCAACGGGUUACCACCCAAUCCUCCUGGAUUAGGCAUGGCCCCGCGACCGCCAAUGGGUCAUGAUCUACCCAUAUAUCCACCGCAUUCCGGGUCUCUGUUGAGUCAAUUCCGAGGAUUUCCUGCUCCGAAUGGGAUCCCUGUACCACCACCGGGGAUCAAUGGGGUUCAUUCUAUGCCGCCUGGACGAGGGUUUCCGCUUGAUCCAGGGCACGCCCAUCCGUUCCACAGCCAGCAGCCAAUGUCGAGUCCAUUCUCUGCACAGCCAAGUGGAUUAUCUCACGCGCAUUCCCGACAACAGUCCAAUUCGUUUGAACGAUCUCCUCUCAGCACGCAUGCGCAGCCAUUCCCGAUUACCCGACCCAGCCCCAUCAAGCGUCCCUCCAGCACAGCGCAAGAUCAGCAGAGAAAUGGUGGGCGCACCUCACAGCACGAUGUGGAAAAACUCAGCGCCCAUCUUGGGAGCAGUGCUCUUCUUGAUGACACUGAUCUUCCAUUUACGUCAAGCCUGUCCCAGUCACUGCCUGGCGCAACAGUUCCUGGAGCCUUCCAGGGUCCAACACGCGCCAGCUUUGGAGGGCCGUCGUUGUUCACGGAUUCUCUCGCGUCAAAGCACACCAACUUUUCAGCCAGUCCGGGAAUAGGAAGUAGCACCUGGGGUACGCAGACUCCUUUUGGGGCCUCCGCCUUUCCUGGUGCUCCGACAUGGGGAGCUGGAUCUGGAACUGGUUGGCCCAAUAAUGCAUUCGGGUCCGGAGGUCACCAUCGUGCGCAUACGUCUCGGCCAGUCACAAUCCGUCUCUUGGUUAUCCAAGCUUGCAAGCAACUCAACAUGAGUCCUUCCAAAGGUGCGAGUGGAUAUCACGAUGUGAAUCUUGUCCUUCGCCAAAUCGAUCAGCUGAGACCAGCAACUGAGCCCUCAAUCUCUCUGAAAGAGAUGCUGGACAUUUGCGACACCGAAGGUAACACGCAAAAUGGGGGCGGCUCUUUCUGCAUCAAAGACGACGAAAGUGGCACAUUCGUCCGGUUUGAACCGGACAACAACAGCGCGGCCUCAGGUCACAGAGGCAGUAUUGUUCCCGGGGAAAUUGGAAGUCCUAUUCCUUCAAGUAGCUUACCGGCAUUUGGGGGAAUCGGCACACCUUCCGUGCUGCGGCAGUAUUCUUCUCCAUCAACGGGUUUCUAGGCGUUUGGCUCUGGGUAUCUAUCUCUUCAUACGGAUAGGCAAGGUUCUCUACUGCGUUCUUUUUUUUCAUGGCAGCUGAAUACCUUCUUGCACUCUGCUUAAGCGUCGGAUGAUGUUUCACGUCAUAUUUGUUUGGUGUUAUGAACUCUUUUUACUUACGUUCGAGUACUUUCCCAUCGGCUACGGGCAUUCUUUUCUUGUCAUGUACGUGUUAUUCCACAUUAUGCAGCGGAUUCCCAUGGAGCAAACACCAUCUCCAUGUUAAACAAUUGCAUCUUCCGAGUCAUUAUUGUCCUCAUGAUCCUUGCGUGGUGAAUGAUUUCUAGGUUGCAUACGCCACCCUCACGAAUUUAUGUUUGGGCUGGACUGGGCUGGGCUGUUUUGUGUUUUAUUUGAUUUUUUUCUUUUUUUCCUUUUUUCCUUUUUCCUUUUUCUAUUGAUUCCCUCCAUGUACUUUAUGUAGGUGAAUUAUUGCAACGCCGCACUGACCAGUACAUGA